AUGGAUCUAAGCACAGCUCACUAUAGUGCCUUACAUGAUGCAGGGAGAAUGGAGUCUGGAGUCAUGUAUCCCAGCUUCCCAGCUACAACACCACUAAACCUGAGUAAAAGUUACACUGGAAACACCCUUACACCAGGUGCGAUCCCCAGCCCACUGAAUUUUCCCAGCAUUACGCCACCUCACAGUCCAUACUCAUUCUACGGGUUUUAUUCACCCACAUCUACAACCAGGGUCAGCCCCAUGUAUGACCCAACAUAUCUUAAAAGACUGAAGAGUAACCCAAUGUUUCGAGAUCUACAGACUUUACUUCGACAGGAAUGCUUACAGAUGCAAGUCCCAGCUAAUCUCAUUACGACAAGCUGGAAUCUCAUGGAACUCCACAAAACCACACCCACAAAUGACCAAGCUCCUCCUACUAGUUGUAAAUCAACCAAUCAGAACUCUUCAACAGCAAUGCCACCACCAUCAACAUCCUGGGGAUCAUCCAAUCAAGUUGGAUCAAGCAGUGGACAACAAGUGUACAUGUGUCAUAUGAAACUUCAGGAUAAACUUCUCAAAGUGCGAAUAGAUCCUGCCGUCAGUGCCGAUGGUCUGUCGGUCGAGAAUGAUUACAGUAAAGAAGUAGGCAAUAUAGAGAUGGAACGUUACCGUGCCUUACAUUCGUGUCCAGAUCAAAAUGUCAAAGCCACCAUAAAUUCCUACUAUGAUAAACAAAGACUCAACCUAGCAGAUGCCACUGAGGACAAAUUAGACAAACUAAUCCAAAAAGCUGAAGAUAUAAGACGAUCCGUACAAAUGAACAAGAACGCAUGUCUAAAACCUGAGAAUAAAGUCGCUCAACCAAAACAACCCAUUCCUGAAGCUAAUGAAGGUGCCUCUCUCUUGUUAGCCCCAGUUGAAGACAAAAUGAACGCUGUCAGAAAAUUGAAAUUCAACACAAGUGAUGACAAUGUGAAUACCAAUGAUGAUAAUGAUGAUGAUUAUCUUAACUGUAGUGUGAACUCAGAAGACUUCGAAAUCGAUGACAUUGAUGUUGAAACAGUAGAUUCUAAACACAACACAGAAAAUCUAUACGGUUCCAAAGUUCAUGAGAAGAGUGACUUAUUGAAACAAUGUAUUGAACAAAGUGGACUAAAUUCUCUCAAAUCUGAGCCCGAGAUAACAUCUGUAUCAACAUCGCCUUCAAUAAACCACAGAGACAAUAGCGCUGACAUUCUUAGUGACCUUAGUGCAAGUGAAAGUAUUCUACCAGAUAGUAGCACAGGUGAUUCACCAAUCAGUAUGAACUCUCCAACAGAAUCGACCAAUCACAGCAGCUCUAACAACAGCAGUAUUAUUGACAACACCAACACCUCUUUCACCAGAGAAGAGUACAAGAAUAAAACGUGUAAUUCUGUGAGUUUUGAUUUCACGCAGUACUUCAGCACUCCACAAAACGGGAACUUCAAGUAUACUCAUCCAGAUCAUCUAAAUUUCGCACUCUCUGAAAUGCAAAAAAUGUGUGACGGGCCAACCGUAAACUUCACUCCGGAACUUAGACGAGACUUUAAUCAUGUCAUUACACCGGAUGUUUCUUGUGCAUCUCCAUUUAGUGAACAAUCAACAAAUAUACUUGGUAACCAGAACAACAUAUACAACAAAAAUGUGAACAAAAUAUAUCACGUUACAGAUUUUCAAAACACGGUCCCUCAGAAAAAUACUGAUCACUCCAUGAAAGGUUUUACACCAUGUGACAAUAGAAACAACAACGUUAAUAUGAACUUUGACAAUACAGUCAGCAAUACAGUGUCAAGUACUAAAACUCACAAGAAAGUUGAUGAUUUUAAGUUUGAAAAUACUCCCGUGUUCAGAACUCAUCGUAUGCUGAACGCUGAUGCAACUAACGUCCUCUCACAUUGGUACCAGGCUCACGUCCACUACCCUUACCCAAACGAUGAAGAAGUUGAAACCUUAUCCAAAGCUACCGGCAUCACAGGACGUCAAGUUAAGAAGUGGAUGGCCAACAAACGUGUUCGCUGCUUUAACACGCUGUCAAUCACCGGCAAUCACCAUCCAAUCAAAUACAAAUACCAGGGGAAAGGUCGCAAGAGGAAAGCACCCACAGACGAGAAAGAAAACUGUGAUUCUACGACCAGUGAAAAGAAAGGGAACUACUCGAUGUUGAACGACGCCGCUAAAAACGUCCUAAACCAAUGGUACGAAGACCAUGUAACUAAUCCCUAUCCCAGUGAAGAAGAAAAACAACUUCUAGCAACGCAUUGUGGUAUAACAGUCAAUCAAGUAAAAUCAUGGUUUGCUAAUAAACGAAAUAGGUCAAACAACACUAAAAGACAAGUCCCGAACUACUUCAUUGAGAAAUUUCCCGAAUACUCCCCGAUAGUGCAAAUGGUUGGUCAAAAACGUGAAGAAGAAAGGAUGAUUAAGAGAAGGAAAGUGAACGAAUACAUGUACAUUCAACCACCAUUCUACAUAUAAACAAAUAACAAUGUAAUCAAAGUGAUGAUCUCAGUCAUAAAAUUGUGUAUUUUAUAUCUGAUAGUUGUAUUGUGCUUAAAAUG